AAAAAAAAAAACCUCGAAUAGCUUCCAAUUGGAAGUGGUAGGGAGCAUAGCGUAUGCAUAAACUUGGAGUUUAAGAUACAAUAGAGAUCUGUUUCAGUCGGCGGCGACUGAAAAUGGGCACUAAUCGUGGAGGAAGUUCAUCAUCGUCUUCUUUUGGGAGGCCGUCAUUCUGUUGUAAAAUGUUUCCAGCCAAACCAUCAUCGCCAUCGUCUUUCACAAUUAUUCGUUUGUUUGUACUCUUGAUCUUGUUCAUUUUCAUAUUCAAUUUCUACAGUAGAGCUAUCUUAGAGGAUGAAGAAAAUCUAAAUCUGCGGUUGUCAUCACAAGACUCUGUAGCUCAGCAGCUUCCGCAGCAGCUGCCAAGUGAAAAACUUUGGGAAGCUCCUUUUAGUGCUGGUUUACAUUCAUGUGUAAAUCCUACUUCUAGAUAUCAAGCUUUUCAAGAAGGGGAUCAUUAUAUCACUGUGAGAAGUAAUGGUGGACUGAAUCAAAUGCGUACUGGUAUUGCUGAUAUGAUAGCAGUGUCGCGAAUGAUGAAUGCAACCCUAGUAAUUCCUGAACUUGAUAGACGCUCAUUCUGGCAAGACAAAAGUAUAUUUUCAGAUAUCUUUGAUGAAGACCAUUUCAUUGAUAGCUUAAAACAUGACGUGAGAAUCAUAAAGAAGCUUCCUCCGGAGUUGCUCUCUGUUCCUCGAGCAAGGAAGCACUUCACGUCUUGGGCUGGUUUAGGUUACUAUGAGGAGAUGACCAAAUUAUGGGCAGAUUAUCAGGUGAUUCAUGUUGCAAAAUCAGAUUCUCGAUUAGCAAACAAUGAUCUACCACUUGAUAUCCAGAGAUUGCGUUGUCGUGCUCUGUAUCAUGCUCUUAUAUUUUCUCCUUCUAUUGAAACCUUUGGGAAGAAGCUAGUUGAGCGGCUCAGAUCGCAUGGGGGAAGAUAUAUUUCUCUUCACCUGAGAUAUGAGAAAGAUAUGCUGGCUUUCUCCGGUUGUACAUAUGGCCUGUCUUCUGCAGAAUCUGAAGAGCUGAGAUUGUUGAGAGAAAACACAAAUCACUGGAAAGUAAAGAAAAUAAAUUCAACAGAGCAGAGAAUUUCAGGUCUAUGUCCAUUAACUCCCAAGGAGGUUGGAAUUUUUAUUCAGGCUCUUGGUUAUCCUCAGUCAACAGUUGUAUAUAUUGCUGCGGGGGAAAUUUAUGGUGGUAAAGCUCAUCUUUCAGAGCUCACUUCUCGUUUCCCAAAUGUAGUAUUCAAGGAAAUGAUAGCCACUGAAGAAGAGCUGGAAAUAUACUCGAAUCAUGCUUCACAAACCGCAGCACUUGACUAUAUAAUCUCUCUUGAGAGUGACGUAUUCAUGCCAACACAUUCGGGUAACAUGGCAAGAGCUCUUGAAGGUCAUCGCAGAUUUUUAGGCCACCGGAAGACUGUUAGUCCUGACAGGAAAGGUCUUGUGGACAUUUUUGAUAAGUUGGAAAGUGGACAACUCAAGGAAGGAUUAACAUUGCAACAACUUGUUAAACACCUGCAUGAGAAGAGGCAAGGGGCUCCAAGGAAAAGAGAGGGUGCACCAGAUGGAAUCAAAGGACGAGCACGCUAUAAGGCUGAAGAGUCGUUUUACCAAAAUCCAUAUCCUGAAUGCAUAUGCAGUUCUAAACAUAGAUAUAGAUGAUACAGGAUGGGUUCCGUUAGGAACCUAAAAUUGAUUAGGAACUAAGGAACCAUCAACAACGUAACACGUGGCAUAUUCAUUAUGAAUGUGUUAUUCAUGAUGACUAUUUAUCCUGAAGAGGGACGCGUGGCAUGCUGUGAGUGGUUCCUAGGUUUCUAACCAAUUUUGGGUUCCCAACGGAAUUUUCCUCUAGAUUAUAUAAUUCAAAAGGUCUUAAAGCAACAAUUCCUAAAAAUAGCAAUAUUGUUGCAAGGAUUUGCAUAUCAAAACAGUAAAAGUUUUUGUUUUGUUAUAAAGUUUUUUACUUGUAUUCCAGAAGAGUGCAUAAAGACCUACCCAUUACGGUGAUCAUGUAAUAUUUUGCUACGAUGCUAGAUGCUUGUUAGUUUUUUAUGAUUCC